AUGGAUGCGUUGACUCCCAGGGACUCUCCCAAGCGCGAUGACUCGAUGACCACGACUACGGCCGCUGCCACUUCUGCGAAGCCGGAUGCUCUAACGAUGAGUAAAGAAGGCAUUGUCCACGGACACAUCCAUAACUACAACAACUUGACCUACAUCCAUGGUCACCUUCACCACAGCGCCCCUGUUAACAACAGUAGUGCCUCCGGAACAGUAGCAGCCGCUGCUGCUGAUACUGCUGCUUCUGAAAAUGCAUCUGGAACUAGCCAUGAUAUGAGUGGUAAUUGCCAUGCCAAUGAGAAAUGUAAGGAGUACACCGAUUGCCAACAUUUUGAGUUUUUGAAUUAUCACAAUAAUUCCUCAUUAGCAAAAUAUAAUGAUACUGCGACGUAUAACUCUAAUAAUCACUCUUUCGCGAACAAUUUCCAUUCGGUAGCAUCUGAUCCUACAAGUCCUCAACAGAACCCUAGGAGGGAUCUGCCACGUAGGAAGGAUUCUUGGUUUAACGACGAUCUGAUACUGCUGCCCUCUUCGAAGAAAAAUAAACCGAACCCACAACCUGGAUCCGAUGAUUGUUAUUGUACGCCCAAGAUUCUGGAAAUAUGUUGUGAGGAAACUCAUCCCAAAAGUGAAACUGAUGCAAAACAAGAUGAACCUGAUGAAUCGGCGAAGAAAUCCAAACCUGAGGACGGUAACGAUGUUAUAAUAUUCACAGAUGUGAAAAACGACCACUUAAUGCCAAAUUUUAACGUCCAUGACCAAUACUACAAUGACAGUAGUCAUGAAGCUCACACUCACAAUAAUGAUGCUCCUGACAGCUUCUCUCAGCUGAUGUCUCACUUAUCAGAGAUAGAUUGCAAUUUAACCUGUGAUACCCCAUGCACCGCUAGCACGAGCGCGACUAGUGGUCGCAGUGUUCAAGAUCAUCAUUCAUUGAAUAAUGAUGACAUUUUCCAUAAAUACUGCAAGUUUUGUGAGGAGAACACUGAUAAUCAACCGUGCUUUAAACAUAUGCAUUUAGAUUCCAAGCAACCUCAACUGCCACCAAAAUGUUCAUCCUUACGAAUACCAACGAACACUUUACAAGGCACAAAUAAUGCUUACCACGAACAUAUCUUAAAUACUGAUAUGGAUUUGAAGAUUUUGGAAGAUUUAUGCAAUAUUUCCUCCUUAUAUGAAGUACCGUUUGGAAAACACAUGAGUCACCACAACCAUAGUUACACCGGUGCCGAUAGCGGUGGUGAUGAUUCGAGCACAGGAGAUCAUGGCAAUCACGGCAAUGGCAAUCAAACAAUGAAUCUUCUAUUAUCAAGCAUUAACAGGUGCAACCCUAAAAAUAAUCCUAAUGGAAACAAUAAUACUACAGCUGGAGUGAAUACAACCGAUCAUCAGCAUCAUCAUCAUAGAAUACAGUUACAUUCUCACAAACCAAAUAGAAACAGUAGUGUCAACAAUACAGGAACUAGCGCAACGAACUCAGCAGCUGACCUGACUAACAAUGAUUUAAAUGAGCUAAUUUCAAGAGAGUAUAGCUAUGAAAGAUUUAGAAAUCAAAGUGAACCCCCUUUAUUACCCAAGGCUAUUCAUCAGAAUCAAAAAAAUCGUAGAUCUUGGCCUACAAAGGAUCUAGACCCUGCUGAUUUCAGCUCUUUGGAAGACUCAUUAUCCUCUAGCAUUUCUCCUCCUGCACAAACAACAAGCACCAUAAAUUUCAACUGGUGUUUCAGAGAAGAAAAAAACAAUGACUUGAAAUGCAAAUGGAAAGAAUGCCCUGAAUCUUGUAACUCACUGUUUGAUCUUCAAAGACAUCUUUUGAAGGAUCAUGUCUCACAAGAUUUCAAAGACCCUAUGGAACCAUUAGCUUGCAAUUGGGAGGAUUGUGAUUUCCUUGGAGACGAUACAUGUUCCAUAGUGAACCACAUCAAUUGUCAACAUGGUAUCAAUUUUGAUAUUCAAUUUGCCAACCCGGGCUCAUUGUUGCCUGGCAGUAUGUCAAAGGAAAAACAUCAUUUACUACAUUGUCCAAACCCGCAAACACACGAAGUUUCUAAAGACGGUGAAGCGCUCGAUAUGGCGUCUGCAAAUGAUGUUUCCAAUAUGCCGUCACUUAAGCAGCUGGAACAGGUGGUUUGUAAAUGGGAUGGUUGCAAUAAGUCAUUUUCCAAUGCUCAAGAGUUAAACGACCAUUUAGAAGCAGUCCAUUUAACUCGGGGUAAAUCAGAAUACCAAUGCCUAUGGCAUGAUUGCCAUCGUACGUUCCCCCAAAGACAAAAAUUAAUCCGUCAUUUAAAAGUGCAUUCAAAAUACAAACCUUAUAAAUGCAAAACGUGUAAAAGGUGUUUUUCAAGCGAAGAAACUUUAGUUCAGCAUACCAGGACACAUUCUGGCGAAAAACCUUACAAAUGUCACAUUUGUAAUAAAAAAUUUGCAAUUUCAAGCUCCUUAAAGAUUCAUAUAAGAACUCAUACUGGUGAAAAACCUUUACAAUGCAAGAUUUGUGGUAAAAGAUUUAACGAAUCGUCAAAUUUGAGCAAGCAUAUCAAGACCCAUCAGAAAAAAUACAAGUGUUCUGACUGCUCCAAAAGCUUUGACGAUCUGGCAAAAUUGAACUCACACAAAGUGAAAUGCUCAUUGGAAAAGAAACCAUAUUUAUAA